AGGCUUCAAACCCGACCUCAGGAGGCGGAUUUUGAGAAACACGCUUAUGCUAUGGAAACUUACCCAGCUGAGUAAGGCCACUGGCCCAUCUGGGUGGAAAACCCCUCGCAUCUGCACACAGAUUUCGCCUCGCCAACUGGUUGGGGAUGAGAGAAGCUGCACGUCCCCAGGCUGCUGCUGCCAGCACUGCGUGCGUCAGGCUCGGUCUGGUGGUGUCAUCGGGGCUGCAAAGUAGCUCCAGGACUGGGCCAAUCCUUGUGUGGAUUCACUGCUUCUGGAGAAGAGAGGAGGUGGAAGUGCCUCACCAGUGCCCAGGCAGCCUACCAGAUCCUACCUGACCCAGGUGUAGCGAGUCCCUGCUGAUUGCAAGAAAGCUGUGGCCACGUUCCUUAGCAGAGAGGCUUCCAGGAGCAGGGCUGCAAAGCACAGCUGAGUUGCAGAGGAAGCAGGCCUCUUGCUUUUACAGCUCCUGACAGGCAUUAGACUUCAAUAUUUAGGGUGGAAAUGCCUGCGAGUUCCCUAACCACGAUAAAUGGGAAUUGAAACAGUGCCUUCAAGGAAAUCAUUGACCUUGGAGAACCAGCCUGAGGCCUUCUCUGUCUCUGUCACCAACUUGUGUGUGUGAAGCUGUUUGGUGGCUGCAGAAGCACAGCAAAGCCACCGAGCAGAGCGCCGCUCUUCUGCCACACUCAUGUCCUCAGGGAGGUGUCUGCAUAGAGGUGCCAUAGGAAGGAUUUCGGGAGGAUCCACUGGAUUGAAAAUAAUAAUAAUAAUAAUAACAGAACCCAUAAAUGCAGGCAAGGCUUUGAUUUGAAUCAAAGGUGCAGCUGCUGCAGAAAAUGCAGAAGCUGCUGGGAUAUUUCUGACAAGUUUCAGUUGGCGAUGGCACGGACAAACGCACUGCUCGAGGUGCCAGGGCCGCGUUGCUGAAUUACUGGCAGCCAGGAUGUGGUUGGGUUAAGCACAGCCGUGGGCUAGAUCCUCACCCUCCUCCUGCCUUUUCAGAAUUACCGCUCAGCAUGCACAGAUCCUAGCGCUCAGCAGUGACUGCAAGCUUUUCUUCCACGAUGUUUGUCAAUGUAUGUGUUAGUCAUGCAUGAAAACCACCACCACUACUACCAAGGCAGUUUAAGCACCCUGGGAUUACAGUAUCUCCCUCAAGUUCUCCUUUCUUGCCGCGUCAACGUCUAUUUCACUUUUCCUACCCAAAGCAGAAACUUCCAGCAGCUCGGGGCCCGGCUGCUAGGCAAAUGUGUGCGGGGAUUCACCCAACUGCACGGCCCGACGGGGGAAACCCAGCGGCGACUGAGCAAGAGCUGGGCUUCACUGUGAAAAUCCGCAUCUGGGUAUGAAUCAAGAGGACGUGUCUGAGCAGGAGCUGCGGGCUCUGCUGGGUUUGUCUUCCCAGCCACACGGGCAGUGACUGCCACAUGACUCCGGGGCCUGAAAUCACCGUGGGGCUUGGUUUUGCUACUGAGCCAUUCAGGACAGGUCGUGCCAUGCAGGCUCGGGCUGUUUUUCUCCCCAAAGUACAGUUUCCAGGAGCAGGGCCAGGGAUGCCCUUGGCCAAGGGACAGGGCAACAACUGUGGCUUCCCUGCAGCCUGGGGGUGAGCUCCUCGCUUUGUCCCAGCUCCUCGUUUUGCCCCCUCCUCUCUUCCGUGCUGCUGCAGGGAAAGUCAUCUUCACUUCUCUCAGUUUCCCCCAGCGGCACCGUGUCAAAGUCAUAAACUUCAGAAAGGUUUUGAAGCUCUGGGGUCUCUGUAGUACUUCAUGUAGGUGGAUGAUUCUCUCCUGGCUAACUUGAAGCCAUCUCCUUUUCCCCUGGCGUUGCAGCAGGGCGGUGUCAUUCCCUCUGCAGGACUUUGUGAACAGAUCCUGGAAAUUGUCCCUGGGCUCUGAGUUCAACUCCCCGUUUUUGGCUUUGGUCUUUUGAACGAGAUCUUUGCCAGAUUUUCGCACCUGUCUCAGGGAAAAUCAAGCCUCUGAGAGAGCGGAGAGUGGCUUAUGCUCUAAGUAGAAGACUCAUGUGGUUUGUGUUUUUUUAGUUUACUGUCAUAUUACUAUAUAAAACGCAGACGUGAUUUGAAAGCUCCAAAUUACAGCAUUGCCACCCAACCACAUCAUCUUUCUGCUGCCCUCUUCCUUCCUCCUCACUUCCCUCUCGUGGCUGUGUCCCCUUCCCCUUUUCCUUCCCGCCUGGUGACUUUGCCCAGAGCGCAGCCCCCGUCCCCCCGCAGCCCCGUGGUGCCCCAUGAAGAUGGCUUUUGGGGCUAAAGGGGCUGAAAACAGGCCCUGCACGUCCCGUGUCAGUGCCAGCGAUGCUGGCUUCGUGGGACCAGCCCCUGCACACCAACACGCGGUGCUUUGAUCCUGGUUUCUCUUCUGCUGGUGCCGCUGUGCCAGUCAUCUCUUGCAUUUCCUGGGUGCUUUUGCUAGCACAGCGAAGGGCUGGGUGGAAACGAGCUGCCAAGUUCUUUGUUCUUUUUUCCACUGUACGGCGCUGAGCUUUUUUUUUUUGCUGAUGUAAGAGAGCGCAAAAAAUAGCGUGGGGGAUUAUAGCCCUCAGAAAGAAAUAUGUAAAUAUCUGGCCGCCUCAAAACAAAACAAAAAACCCUGCUUACACGGGGCCGGGGCUCUGGCUGUAUUUUGGGCUCCUUUCGUGGUUGAGUAAAUGCUGAAGGGAACGAAUGCUGAUGGCGUUUGUACAGCCCCAGCUAAGGAGAAAGGGUCGGGGGGCGGGAGGUGGAGAUUACGUGGGGAAACCAAGCGGGCCUUCCACCCCCGAAGCCAGCCUUUUAUCGAUAACAUUGCAAAUUUGGCUCCUGGCCUGCCUGCGGUGAGCCUCCGAGAAAUGAUCUCACCUCUCCUUCACGCUCUGCCUGCCGCGUGUGACAGCCCUGGCCCCGGCCGCCGCGUAUCGGAGCGUGCCCCCCGCCGAUAAAUAGAGGGGUUUGUGCCGCCGGCUCCUCACACUGCCACGAUGCACUCAUCAGCCCGGCGGGGAACCGGAGCCACCGUGCUCCUGGGGCUGCUGCUGCUGCUGCUGGUGAUGGUGAUGAUGUCCCGCUCGGCCCAUGCAGCCAUCCUGGAAGUGAACGGGAACCUGAGCUGUAGGUGUGUAAAGACAACUUCAGACUACAUCAGCCCAAAGAGAUAUGAAAGCAUUGAAAUAAGACCUGUGGGAAGCACCUGCAGGCGUACAGAGAUCAUCAUUAAAUUAAGAACCUCGUCAAAAGUGUGCGUGAACCCCGAGGCCCCUUGGGUAAAGAAACUACUGAAGCGCAUUGCGAGCACGAAGAAAAAAUAAGUUUCCUGCUGAGGAAGUUGAUGCUCAGAGCCCCGAGGCAGCCUGCCAGAUGAUGCACAGGCGUGGAAACCUGGCGGCUCCUCGCUCUGCCCCUGCUUCCCCCUUUCCCGAAAGCCCGAGCCCCGUGUCCGGCCCUGUGGCAGCCGGGCUGCUCCCUGCGCGCACAGGUGGGCGAGUGCUGAGAGGGAACUCUUCCUUGGUUCCCCUGCCCGUGCUCUUUGAAGUCUGUGCUGUUCGGGGGCUGUUCCCACCUCUCUCGGAGCAACUUUGAGAGCACUCAUCCACAGAGCGUGCGUCUUGUCUCUCGAGUCAAAUAAAAUCUGGGUUUUUCUUU